GGUGAAUUGGAGACGAAGGAGCAGAGGCAGCUCACGGUCCUGAGAAUCCAACUCACAUUACACCUCCUUCUCUUUCCCGAGUAGGAAUGAGAUCCUGUCUGUGCAGACCUGGGAUGACCCGACUAUUUUGAACCGUGUUGCUUUUUUGGCUGAGGACCUGCCUGGACGGACGAGCCUAUGAGCGCAUUCACCCAUAGGUCUCUUUCACUCACUCAACGCAUACACACACACAAACAAACAAAACACCACACAGUAUAUUCGCAGUCUGCAAAUCAGCGAACAUCGCACGCAGUUUAUGCUCUGCCAAAGCCUAUCUUUCAAUUGCAGACUACACUUUAGAGUUACGGAGUGGAGUGUACGUUUUGGCCCCCCCCUACGUUUUUGGUGUAUGAUAAAUACAUUUUAAGAAGAGGAGCAGUUCGAUCAGUCCUGGAUCUCGGAUAUGGCGGGUGUGAAGACAUUCGACCUCGUUGUUGGAGUUGUUUUAGUUUUGCAGUCUCUUGGAAAUGCGUUUCAGGUGCCCGGAGGAGACCUGCGAAAUGGGGUCUCCUACUCCUACCUGGAGAGGCAGCCUCUGGCUGAGGAAGACGUGGCGGUGGACGUGAGUCUGUACAGCCACCGAUGGAGAAGGUGGCUGUUCCCAGAACAGCCACGCAACAUGGAAAGCAACAGGGCCAGCCAGGACCAGGACCAGCAGGACCAAGAGCUGGGUCAGGGAAAGGACCAGGAUCGGGACCAGCCUGAGGGGGGUUUCCCAGGCCUGAUCUCAGCGGAGGACAGCCAGGACACGGACAACAGCUCCCAGAUAGAGGAGGACACAGACCACAACUACUACACAUCAAAGACGUAUGGCCCCACAGACCCCAUGAGCAAAGACUUGUGGGUAAACGUUGACCAGAUGGACAAAGAGAAGGUGAAGAUCCAUGGUAUCCUGUCGAACACUCACAGGCAAGCCGCGAGAGUCAAUCUGUCUUUUGAUUUUCCCUUCUAUGGACACUUCCUGCGUGACCUCACUGUGGCAACGGGUGGGUUCAUCUACACUGGCGACGUGGUUCACAGGAUGCUGACCGCCACCCAGUACAUCGCCCCCCUCAUGGCGAACUUUGACCCGAGCGUCUCCAGGAACUCAACCGUCAUCUAUUUCGACAAUGGCACUGCCCUGGUGGUUCAGUGGGACCAUGUCCACCUGCAGGACAGCUACAAUCUGGGCAGCUUUACCUUCCAGGCCACGCUGCACAGUGACGGAAGGAUUGUCUUUGCUUACAAAGAGAUCCCCGUUGAAGUAUCCCAGAUCAGCUCUGUCAAUCACCCGGUGAAGGUGGGCCUCUCCGACGCCUUUGUGGUGGUCCACAGGAUCCAGCAGAUUCCGAAUGUCCGUAGGAGAACGAUCUAUGAGUACCACCGCGUGGAGCUGAUGAGGACCAGAAUCACCAACUCGACCGCAGUGGAGAUGAUGCCUCUGCCGACAUGUCUCCGGUUCACCAGUUGUAGCACCUGCAUCACCUCCCAGAUCAACUUCAACUGCAGCUGGUGUCAUCGCCUCAACAGGUGUUCCAGCGGGUUCGACCGGCAUCGGCAGGACUGGGUGGAUAACAGCUGCCCCGACGAGACUAAGGACAAGAGCUGCGAUAUCAUCAACACCACGCAGCUCUAUCCUUUCACCACCACGCUAGUUGCCAAGACAACAGGGCGCAGCAGAAGCAGAGCGGAGUCUACCACCAGAGCCUCCUCCUUGUCCACCUCCCACCCCCCAACCAGUGUCCCCACUGAAGCUGGCAAAUGUUUCGCUGUCGUGUGCCCAGUGAAGACCCCCCUGAUCCUAUACGAACAGAAGGAUGACACCAAGAUCGCUUUGCCUCUCAAAGACAAUGGAGCCAUGCCCAAGGAAAGUGCUGCGGAGCGGAAGGGCACACACCCCCUUCACACUGGCCUAAUCCUGGGGGUCCUCAUGGUCAUGCUGAUCAUGGCAGCCGCGGUCCUGGUCACUGUCUACAUCUACCACCACCCCACCUCGGCCGCCAGCAUCUUCUUCAUUGAGAGACGUCCCAGCAGGUGGCCGGCCAUGAAGUUUCGCAGAGGGUCAGGUCACCCAGCCUACGCGGAGGUGGAGCCAGUCGGCCAGGAGAAGGAGGGCUUCAUUGAGUCUGAGCAGUGUUAGGGGACAUCCACCUCCCGCCCUCCCUGCCACCCACCCCAGCUCCUCCUUUUGCUCCUCUCCUGUCUGUUCUAAGGGACCAGCGCACAAGUACUUCAGCGGAAACUGGCCUUCAGACCUUCAGUACCCACGGCGACUGCUUGACGCUGGCCUUUGGUUUUGUUGAUUCAAACGCUCACCGACAAGAUUGGGAAAUGUGAUGAGAAAAUUGCGGUGGCGUAACUUUGAAAUCCCCUUUUUUUUUCUGGUGGUAUAAGGGUGGACUUUGUUUGGCGGGGAUUGCUAAUGCUAUGAACCUUCAACCCUGACUUGUCCAACAGAGAGCUGAUCUGUGAGCUGCUGAGGGAGGGCCAUGUUAGAGGGACUGCUGUGGGAAAACCCGAAAACUGACCUCAAGUCAGCUGUUCAAGUCCUUAAAGUCUGCAAACAUCUCACAGGUUGAAGUGAUGGACUGAUUUAUUGGCCGUAUAAAGAAAGGGAAGCAAGGGCUCUAUUCAAUCUCUAUGGCUAAGGCCACACUGAUGGCAAGAUAGACACACGCAGCAUUUACCAUGAAUGCAGUCUCCCAUAAUGUGGGAACAUUGCCUUGAAUUUUGCGAUAUGGAUUGCACAGAGCCCUAACAGUUCGAUUGAGUGGGUUCAACAGGACUGCCCCAUACUGUGCUGGUGCGAGGGGGAGAGUAGUAAAGAGAAUUAUACAGUAUAUUUUUCAGAAACAACAGAGUAUGUUAACAGAGAUCUCAACUUCAAAUGUUGGUGAGGUUAUAUAGGCCUUAUAUAUCCUUUGGGCUUUUAGUUUUUUUUUUACUGGGGUGUUUUCAUAUUCCCACUUCCAUGUUAAGGCAUCUUCACCGUAGCUUUUACUCUGCAACGCCGCUCAAUAAUGAUAUGUUGCAAAUACUUUCACUCAUCCAAUGUAGGAGUAAAAGGCUUGGAGCUUUUCAUACCUCUUCUGUGGCUUUCUCUCUUUUUAUUUUUUACUAAACAUUUGUGUCUUUUGUGUUUGUUGGUCAAUGACUGGAUGUUUUUUGCUUGCUGAGAAAAAAAAGUUUUUCAUGAUGAGGUGGUGGGUACACUCUUUUCUUCUGAUUAGUUUGGUCCCUAAUUAUUUCCAAUGAUGUCAGUACUGCCGUGCCAUUAUUUCCUUGACUGGAGUUCGCUAAACGUUUAAUUUUGUUGUUGCACAAAUUAUUUCCAUGCACAUAUAAUAUUAGUUCAUUUAACUUGUGAUACUAAUGCAAAAUUGCAAGACAGGAGCUUGUGAGCAUGUGUGUGCGGUUGUGUGUAUGCAUGGUUUAGAUGUGAGUGACAGGGUUCAUGUGUGUGUUUGCGUGCCCGUUUGUUUUUGUUUGACUCACUAUCCACAAUUGUGGGUCUGUUCAAGCUAGUUCUGUGUAAUUGAUGGUGAUGGGUUGACCUGAAGUACUUUUUCAUGAUUUUAUUUUAUGUUUAGGCCGUACUUAACAAAAACAUACCUGGCGCCUGUACCCCGGUUUUAUAUUUUUUCAUUUACCAUAGGUUGUGGUUAUCGAAGCUGUUUUGAACUGCUUCCAUUUUACCCUAAAAAAAGAGUCAGAUCUUUUACAGGACUAGGGUGUACGUUUUAACAUAUUCGCCCCAAGAUUUCGGCCAAAUCAUUAAACAAAUGUAACAUAAUGAGCCAGUUUUACAGACACAAAUUUAGCUUAGACUAGGAUUUUUUUGUGUGUUUCAUUCUAGACUAGGCCUAAUCUUGUGUCUGCAACACUGGCCCUAGUAGCUGGAAUGUUUUGGGAAUUUUUUAUUCUUUUAGUGUUUCAGCUCAUGUUGAAUAUGAAUGGAGGAGUUGUACAUGUCAUCUAACUUUAGACUAGCAAUGUACAGACAUGGGGCCUAAACCAUUUUAAAUUGACACUCAAAGUAUUUGCAAAUUCAGGUUAUUAAUGAAAAAGCGUACAUAUGAUGUUAUAUAUUAUAAUACUAUUUUGUCUUUCUUUUUGAGUGGCCUUUUCUCUCUCACUCUCUUUCCUAAGUUUUUUAUCCAAAUGUGAAAUAUUGUGUCAAUCAUCGCAUACCUGCUGUUGUGGAUCAAUAUACAGGACAAGGCUUUCAUGCAUCAUCGAAUCAAACAAAAUAAGGAUUUUGUGUUACUUCAUACUUCUGAUUCAUAUAAUCCACCGAGACCGUGGAAACAAACAAAUUGAGAUGUAUUUUCAAAAUCAAUUGUAGAUUGAUCUCAUGACUCAGACUUCAAUCAUACACACACAAAAUGUACUAUUAAAAUUAAUGGAUUCUACUGAAAUAAAUAAUCACGAAUGUGCAACAUAACAUUCCACUUCAUUAUGGCUUUUUUAAUUUAAUUUUAAUUAAUUGACAAAUGUGUUAUUCAAUCCCCCCAUUGCACUGAGACCAAAGACACAUUCAAAUCAGUUUGUCAGCAUACUGCAUAAAUGUUUGUACUGUUCGACCGGCCCUAGUCUGGUUUACAAUAGUCAUCAUUAUUAACUCAUCAGUCCUCACUAGUCGGGGUUCCAGUCGUUGAAUAAUGCACAUACCACUUUGGAACACACCACAACAAGACACUGAGGCAAACACAUAGGCACUCUGGUACCUGAACACACACAAACACACACAGGCCUAGGAGGAAUGAUUUGUCAGCUGCUCCAGAACUCAGCACACGAAAGCCCUAUGUAUUCCAUACUAGUCCCAUCUAUAGAGGUUGAAUCAGUGAUCACAGCUAUUCAGUGCUCAACUGAAUAUACCUCUAAGGCCCUACAACUUUCAUGCCUUCCGCACGAGACCAAUCCUUUUAUGACACCCUAUAAAAAAAAUUUUCAAAGCAGUGUUAAAAGCGUGUGGGAUGGGGAAGAGUGUGCACUACCACCCAAGCGACUUUCCAUGCUGACGGGCAUUCUGCUUUGAGAUUGGCUACUUGCCCUAACGUGUCCCGCCCUAUUCUCUAUUAAGAGGGCUAUUUUUGCAAAGGUAUUGGUAAAAAAAAAAAGUAGUGCACUACAGUAUGUGCCAGGAGUUCAAAAUCACAUCUAAAAAAAGUUAGCCCAGAUGAAAUACACAUCCAGAAAUUAUUUUGUUGAUUUGAAACACAUUUCCUGUAAUUUUGUGUGGUUUACUAACACUCAAGUCAUUUGUUGGAGAGCUAAAUAAUAUAAUAAUAUGAUAGACUUGGUUUCUUCAAAUGUAAUCCUGAUACCAAAAUUUUUUUGUUAUAGUCAUUUAUACUAUUUGUUCAUUAUUCAUACCUCAGUUUAAUAUUAGAUAUUGGUUUUUACAGGAUCUGAGUAGAUCAUAUUUAACUGUCAGAGUAUAAAAUUACUUGCCAAGCAAAGUCCUAUUUUGUUGACUCCCUGACAUCAGAUGGGAAGCUCAGUAUUUGAAUGUCAUCUAUAUUCCCAUGUGCAAAGUCAUUAUCACCGGUAUAAAUAUUAAUAAUUUCAACAAAUUUUAAAUAUAAAAGAUUUGCUUAAAUCAAGGAAGGUCCCUGGUCUCUAAUGAAAUCUGAAUGUAUAUUCUCUGGGUUAUGUAAUUGAUACACACUGCCACCUGAAACUGCAUCUGUUUUUGCAACCACUGGAAAUGGACACAGAUUUGGACAGAGGUUAGAAAGGACAUUGAGUCUUGUAAACAAACAUGUCAGCUGGAGUAGGGGGGCGUUCAGUGGGCCUUAAUGUUCAGUCUGCGUUACACAGAGUGAUCGCAAUACAUUCAAACCUGGGGUUUGCGAUAAGCAAGCUAUUCAUGUUACUCGGGUAAUCACUUGGAUCACUGCACCUGGUCUGAUUGCUUUCACUCAACUUACAUGCUUUUUUUAGAUUACGCAAAGCGACAUUGUGCCAUCGUGGGGGGACAUCGGGGCCUGUGGCUUUUACUGCCAGACAUAUGAGUUCAAAUGAACAAUGCAACUCAUACAGCUACGUCUUGCUCAACAGUGAUUGUCUGGACUCAAAAUGGAGGACAAAGGAGGAUUAACAUAUCUAACCGUGUCCGUGUGUUUUGUUUUUCUUGAUCUUAUUACAAAACUCUUCAGGACAUGAUGACAAAGAGACAACAUUACACAGUCCCCUAGCUGUCUUUCACGUCUGUUACUACUGUCACUUUGAUUACAUUUGAAAUAAUAAAAAAUGUGGUUUAAA